AUGUUUAGAGGAUGCGGAAUUAUGAGACGAAUGGGCACCACGGGGGGGAGUUAUUCCCGUGGGACUGAGGGGAAUUCCCUCUUCAAUGAAGAAUCUCUGAAAAAGGCAUUCGUAAGGAUAUCCAUCGGAUCUCCAUCCCCGUCGUCAGCAUCGAUGCCAUCUCCCUCAUCAUCAGUGGCCCCACCGAGAGCAAAAAUAAAUUCUGUUCUGAACUUUUUGUUAAGUUCCAAGAUCUUGCAUACCAAAUGGACCAAGUUAGGAAUAAUUGAUGAACUAUACAAACGGAGAGUUGACAACAAGCUUUCAUUCCAUUUGAACGUUCUGUAUGGGUUGGGUUCCAAGGGGUUGCACUUAAGGAGGAAGGGGAUCAUAUCGCCGGUGCUGUUUCAGCCGCUCGUGGAUUACAACCAGUUUGUUUACAUUGUGCAGGUGAUGAAAAUUGCAGAUAAGGAGAGACAAGCCGGAACGCAGGAGCAGGCCGAUUUCAUUCGGAGCUUCUUCAGAGGGUAG